UCUCUCUCUCUCGAUCAGGGGGGAGAGGAUCAUAAAAAAAGCCAGGAACGGCGACAGUGACAGCGCCCGCGGCUCCGGCGCCUGUGCGCGAUUCUCCCUCUCACUCACCGCCGACACUCGCACCCAUGCGCGCUCUCGCCCGUCUCCAUCAGACACCAGCACAUCGCAUCACCGCGCGCGCAUCCUAACAUUUCCCCCGGUUUUGUUGUCGUUGUUGAGCAUCCGUCAUACGAGCAGCCAUCGAGACGCACGCGCUCUCAUUUCAACCCUGAAUCUGAAUGACGGGCGGACGGUUCGACUUCGACGAUGGCGGCACUUUCUGCGGUGGAUGGGAGGACGGAAAAGCCCACGGACACGGCAUCUGCACCGGCCCGAAGGGUCAGGGCGAAUACUCCGGGUCCUGGUCCAACGGGUUCGAGGUAGUCGGGAUGUACACCUGGCCCAGUGGGAAUACAUACAGGGGCUACUGGGCUCAGGGAAAGCGACACGGGCUCGGCGUGGAGUCCAAGGGGAGGUGGCUCUACCGUGGAGAGUGGAGUCACGGAUUUAAGGGUCGGUACGGGGUUCGACAGAGUCUCAAUACACCUGCCAGGUACGAAGGCACGUGGAGUAACGGAUUGCAAGAUGGAUAUGGGGUCGAGACCUACGGGGAUGGGGGUACGUACCAGGGCCAGUGGAUGGGCGGCAUGCGGCACGGUUGCGGCGUGCGUCAGAGCGUGCCUUACGGCAUGGCCACUGUCAUCCGCUCCCCGCUCCGAACCUCACUGGCAUCUCUCCGCAGCGAGCAGAGCAACGGCUCCGUUCUGCAAGACCACAUGUCAGACAGCCCAGCUGGCACCCGCGGCGGCUUCGUCCUGAACUUCCACAGUGACAGCGAGAUGGGCUCGGGCAAAAAAAAGGGCCUGUUCAGACGGGGCUCGCUGUUCGGCAGCCUCAAACAGCUGAGGAAGUCGGACUCCCGCUCUUCCAUAUCCAGCAAACGCAGUUCGGCACGGAGCGACGCCACCAUGAGCCGCAUCAGCUCCAGCGACGCCAACUCCACCAUCAGUUUCGGCGACGGCGAGGUGGCGGACGAAUACCUGCCGGCUGAGGACAACGUGGAUGCCACCACCACGGAGUCGUACAUGGGCGAGUGGAAGAACGACAAGCGCAACGGUUUCGGUGUGAGCGAGAGAUCCAACGGAAUGAAAUACGAAGGAGAGUGGCUGAACAACAAACGGCAUGGCUAUGGAUGCACAAUAUUCCCAGACGGGACAAAAGAAGAGGGGAAGUACAAAAAUAAUGUUUUGGUGCGUGGCAUCAAGAAGCAGCUCAUUCCCCUUAAGAACACCAAGACAAGGCAGAAGGUGGACCGUGCCGUGGAGGGAGCCAUAAGGGCGUCCGCCAUUGCCCGAACAAAAGUAGAAAUUGCCACCUCAAGAACCGCACACGCCAGGGUCAAAGCGGAGGCAGCAGACCAGGCCGCCCUCUCUGCCAGUCAAGACUCUGAUAUCGCCAGAGCUGUAGCAAGAGAUCUGGCCCCCAACUUUCAUCAACCAGGCCCAGACUACAUCAAGCAGAAGUUUUCCAGCGAGCCCAUCGAGAUCAAAGAAGCUCCAGAAGAAAAGAAAGAGAAAACGCCCACAGAAAGUCCGCACUUUUAUCGCAAAGGCACGACCCCAACCCAGUCCCCGACCCAAAGCCCAGAUCCUACACCACCCCCUUCACCCCCCGUCAGCAAGAAAAAGCCCUUCUUUAACAGAAGUGCCCCAAAAGCCACGAAAGAAAACAAGCCCCCAGCUGCCGAAAGCCACGCAGCGGGUGUCAGCAAUGCUACUUCCAGGUUAUCAGACAAACAGGAAGUCAUUCAGGAAGACAAACAGGAAGAAGUUGCCAUACCCAAACCCUCCAAGCCGCCGGCGCCGGUCGCCAAUGCCUCCAAUGCCUCCAGCCCUGGAAAUGGUGAACUGCAUUCUCAGUAUCACGGUUACUUUGUGAAGGCUGAUGUAAUGGUCCCACCUGAUGAACCUGAAAUGGAGAAACAUCACGAAACUUCAACUGCGCUUGCCAGGAUCCCCCCGCCUGCGAAGCAGUACCGUGCACCGACCCCCAAACCAGUGAUGGCCAAAGAGAGCAAACCUGAGCCAAAACUGAAGAAACAGGAAUCAUUGAAGCCAAAGAGCCUAGCAGAAACUAAGAAAGCCAGCAUGGAAAUUACGACCAACGUUGUUGAGGAGGAAUCAGGUCCCAACUCAAUAUUGGUCAUACUAGUGAUGCUGAUAAAUAUCGGACUGGCAAUUAUUUUUGUCCAUUUUCUCACUUGACGGAACGUUAAACUCAGUGAGCUCAUGAAAACUAGCGGCGUAGGCACCUAAUUCUCCGCAGUUGCGUCAAUGGCCUUUAAAACAAAAUGGCGCCAGUCAGACUCAGACACAGGCAAAGGACUGGACGACUGGAAUUAGAGCAAAUGAUGGGAGAAAGAUGAAACCUGGACCAUUCGCCAUGAGCCAGCCCAGUUCCUCUGGCGAUGAUUUGUGACUCGCUUGGGCUCUGAAAGCUGAAGCAAGCAGUCGUUGGGAAAGAAACAGAAUCUGCUGAUCCAAGCCGUACCCAGUCAAGUACACGACCACCCCGCUGCUAUGGGGAGGGGUGGAAUGGGGGGACUUAACUGGAUAUGUUCGGAGAUGCACUUUUAGUUGACGGAAGCGAACAGCUGCCUUACUAAUUUACCGACUGACGUUUUUAAAGGGAGAUGUGUGGUGGGUUGCCAGAGUGUGUUUGGGCAGCAAAAGUGUGUACCAGUGUCCGCUUUCCACUUGGUUGAAAACACCAUGCACAUUUUGAAAGGGUCACUUGCCAGUCUUAUUCCAUUACCCAUCUCUGCAGCCUUGUCUAACAUCUCCUGCUCCUGUUUUAGGAGGUUUAUCCGUGACAUGCCUGUGCAUGGUACUGGUUUAAUGACUUUGGUUUUUUCUGUCGUGGUGUUUUUUUUGUACUUUUAUCCUAGCUACGAAUAACAAAACUAUCUCUAGUGCUUUGGACUCGCACUCUACAAACAAAAGCAUGUAAUAUGGAAAAUAAAAGUACAAAAGAUGUCACUGGGGUGGUACCCUUUAAAAACUACAAAAGCUUGUACCUUAAAGGUACAUAUCUGUACCUAAAUGUUACAUAUUAGGACCUUUUUAAAGGGUACGUCCCAGUCACAGCUUUUGUAACUUUUUUCUGAGAGUGCAUAGAAAACCAAUGAAUAUUAUUUAUCCUUAUACACAAAUUGUUUUCAAAGACAAAACAAGAGUAGCGUGCGUGGUUUGAUGUUAUUUAUUCUUAAUACUAUUGUAGAAUUGUGUUGUUUUUUUUAGAAAGCUAGGGACUAUGUUUGAUUUUGUAAAUGUAUAAUGCAUGGCUUUCAUUUUGAGUAUUUGUUACAUAAUUUUGCACCUUUAAUGAGUCUUCUCUAACCCCCACCCAUUCGCACCACCCCUAAACUUGACAUGUGCAGAGUGGUAUACUUGCCUCUAUAUUAUGCCUGCUAAAUUGUGUUGAAUACAUUCAGGUCGACCCACUGGUUCUGAACGCGAAUGUAGAGAUGGAUGCCUUUAAAAAGCAUUUGUAACAGUUUUUUAGUUUACCUCAGAAAAGAAGUGAUUUUUAAAUGCUGUCUUAAUAAGGAACUUUGCAAAAGUCUUGCUGUUAUUUUUGGUCUAGUGGUGCACGAGAAAGUGUGAUUUUAAAUUAUUGUGCACAUGUUGCACCGGUAUUUCAAUGAAAAAAUGUAUACAUAUAAAUAGAUCUAUUUUAUAUACAGAGUGGGAAUAUUUUUAGUGAACAGUUGGAUGCUGAAUGGCCUUGACUAGAGUUACUUUACUGCACUGUAUCUUUUGCUGAUUGAUUUAAACAUCCUGUGUGCAUGGUGUAUUUUUGCGGCUCUGGUUUCUGUUUGGGGCUCAUAAACAAGAGGACAUGGGGCUGUAUGUGACUGUAACAGGGUGACUGUUUUUCAGAGGUUUUGUCAGACUGCGAAAGUAUGUGAGAGAAAAGGAGGAGGGAAAGAAGAGCAUCAGAAUGGAAGGGAAAUUAAUCUUCAAAUUACUUAUUUUUAAUAAGAAUUGGAAAAUUGAAUUUUUUAUUUUUAUUUUUAUUUUAUUUUUUGAGGAAGGGAAAAACUUUUGAUUUACAUGCAUUGGCUAUGUACAUAACUAGUUUUUUUUUUUUUUUGCUGCUUUGUUAUGUUUUCUAUGUUUUUAUCUCAUCCCAACCUAUUUAAUAUUAAAUGUAAGUUUAAUUGAAAGAUCCCCAUGACAUUUGGCUUUUUUUCCACCAAUUUUUUUUUUCUCAUUCUGUUUCAGAGCAUCUAUACAAAACCGUGUAUUUUUCUAAAAAAAAAAGCUUUACAUAUUUAAGAUGUUUUAAUGUAAAAUAGUAUUUAACUUAAAUACUGUAUUUGAUAUGCUUUAAUUUGUCUAUCUUGACAUUUUCAACUGAUUUGAAUGUAUUUUCA